AAAGAAAGGAGGAAAGCAAAACAACCCGAGCACAUCCCCAUGCAGAGCAUCUACUGAGAGCCAUGCAGCGCCCCGUGCAGAGCAUCUACUGAGAGCCAUGCAGAGCAUCCACUGAGAGACAUGCAGCGCCCCGUGCAUGCUGUGCUAUUCAGGGCUGGGCUGCUCUGCAGGUGAUCUCCCCCUGGCUGAAUGAAGGGGAAUCUCUCCGGAGACUGAGUCAAGUGAUCAAAGGAAAUAGCCCCGAGCAGAGCAGCGGGCAGCAGCACCAUGUCCAGGUACAAGAAAGACAAGGAGAUCAUCGCCGACUAUGAGAAUCAAGUCAAAGAAAUCCGUGGGCAGUUGGUAGAACAGUUUAAAUGUCUAGAGCAGCAGUCUGAGUCCCGCCUGGCUCUGCUCCAGGAUCUGCAGGAAUUCUUCCGCAGGAAGGCAGAGAUCGAACUGGAAUAUUCCCGCAGUCUGGAGAAACUGGCUGAGAGGUUCUCUUCUAAAGUCCGCAGCACAAGGGAGCAGCAUCACUUCAAGAAGGAUCAACAUCUCCUGUCUCCAGUGAAUUGCUGGUAUCUGGUUCUGUCCCAGACGAGACGUGAAAGCAAGGACCAUGCUACACUUAAUGACCUUUUCCUUAAUAAUGUCAUUGUGAGGCUGUCGCAUAUCAGUGAGGAUGUGAUUCGCCUCUUCAAGAAGAGUAAAGAAAUUGGCCUGCAGAUGCAUGAGGAAUUGGCAAAGGUCACUAAUGAGUUAUAUACAGUGAUGAAGACCUAUCACAUGUACCAUGCAGAGAGUAUAAGUGCUGAGAGCAAGCUUAAGGAUGCCGAAAAGCAGGAAGAAAAACAGUUUAGUAAAUCUGUGGAGCUCAGCUCCAACGCUCUGCGCUACGAGGAGAGAUCGCAGAGACGCAGUUCUGUCAAAAAAAUUGAAAAAAUGAAGGAAAAGAGACAAGCCAAAUACUCGGAGAACAAGCUGAAAUGCACGAAGGCAAGGAAUGAAUAUCUACUGAACUUAGCUGCUACUAACGGGAGCAUCAGCAAAUAUUACAUCCAUGAUGUGUCCGAUCUCAUAGAUUGCUGUGACCUGGGCUUCCAUGCCAGCCUUGCCCGCACUUUCCGCACCUACCUGUCGGCAGAGUACAACUUGGAGACAUCACGACACGAGGGUCUGGACAUUAUCGAGAAUGCAGUGGAUAACCUGGAUGCUCGAAGUGACAAGCACAAAAUAAUGGAUCUAUACAACCAGGUCUUCUGCCCCCCACUUAAAUUUGACUAUCAGCCUCACAUGGGGGAUGAGGUUUGCCAAGUAAGUGCCCAGCAGCCAGUGCAAAUGGAGCUCCUUAUGAGGUACCACCAACUGCAGUCUCGUCUCACCACUCUGAAAAUAGAAAAUGAAGAGGUGAGAAAGACUUUGGAUGCCACCAUGCAGACAUUGCAGGACAUGCUGACAGUCGAGGAUUUCGAUGUGUCUGAUGCCUUCCAGCACAGCCGUUCUACCGAGUCCAUAAAAUCCGCUGCCUCGGAGACCUACAUGAGCAAACUCAACAUCUCCAAGAGGAGGUCCAACCAGCAAGAGACUGAAAGUUUUUACUUCUCGAAGUUCAAGGAAUAUUUAAAUGGAAGUAACCUCAUUACGAAACUUCAGGCCAAACAUGAUCUCCUCAAACAAACCCUCGGAGAAGGUGAAAGAGCUGACUACGGUACCACCAGGCCCCCGACUCUUCCUCCUAAACCCCAGAAAAUGAGGAAACCCCGACCUCGCUCCCUCUAUAAUCAUAAGCUCUUUAAUGGGAACUUGGAACUGUUUAUCAAGGACUCCGGACAGGCCAUCCCACUGGUGGUAGAGAGCUGCAUCAGAUACAUUAACUUAUAUGGUCUACAGCAACAGGGGAUAUUUAGAGUUCCAGGCUCCCAAGUGGAAGUCAACGAUAUUAAGAAUUCUUUUGAACGAGGAGAGGACCCCUUAGUGGAGGAUCAUACUGAGCGGGAUAUUAAUUCCGUGGCUGGUGUGUUGAAACUGUAUUUCCGAGGACUGGAGAAUCCACUCUUUCCCAAGGAAAGGUUUCUAGACUUGAUUUCUACAAUCAAGAUAGAGAGUUCUACUGAGAGGGUCCAUCAGCUACGUCAGAUCCUCAUCACCUUGCCCAGAUCUGUCCUGGUUGUCAUGAGAUACCUCUUUGCAUUUCUGAACCAUUUGUCCCAAUAUAGUGAUGAAAACAUGAUGGAUCCUUACAAUUUGGCUAUAUGUUUUGGUCCAACGUUGAUGCCUAUACCAGACGGACAGGAUCCCGUGUCCUGCCAGGCUCAUGUCAACGAGGUCAUCAAGAGUAUCAUCGUGAACCAUGAAGCCAUCUUCCCUACACAUCGUGAGCUGGAUGGUCCGGUCUACGAGAAGUGUAUGACUGGAGGCGAGGAGUACUGUGAUAGCCCUCACAGUGAACCAGGCGCUAUCGAUGAAGUUGACCAUGACAAUGGGACUGAGCCUCACACGAGUGAUGAAGAGGUGGAGCAGAUUGAAGCCAUUGCUAAGUUUGAUUACAUGGGACGGACACCUCGUGAGCUGUCCUUUAAGAAAGGGGCUUCACUACUUUUAUAUCACCGGGCAUCUGAAGACUGGUGGGAAGGACGCCACAAUGGAGUAGAUGGAUUGAUACCACAUCAGUACAUUGUAGUGCAGGAUUUGGAUGAUGCAUUCUCAGACAGCCUUAGCCAAAAGGCAGACAGUGAAGCUAGUAGUGGGCCUCUACUGGAUGAUAAAGCCUCCUCCAAAAAUGAUAUCCAGUCCCCCACAGAACACCUGCAUGAGUACAGUUUCUCUGGAGUUCUGGGCAGGGUGAGACUGAGAUCCGACGGAGCAGCUAUUCCCCGCAGAAGGAGUGGGGGGGACAACCACAGUCCACCUCGACCCUUAGGUCCCUGCAUUGAUACGCCUCCUCGGGCUGCUGCCUGUCCCAGCAGUCCUCACAAGCUAUCCUUGAGCAGAGGGCGGGUGGACAGUCCUGAGAAGCGCAGGAUGGCGACGUUUGGAAGUGCAGGAAGCAUCAAUUACCCAGAGAGGAAGGGUCUUAAUGAUUGCAUGUCCCUGCGUUCUGUGACUGGAGGCACCAGGCAUAGCAGUCUGGGAGACCACAAAUCUCUCGAAACAGAAGCUUUGGCCGAGGAUAUUGAGAAGACUAUGAACACAGCCCUAAAUGAACUGCGAGAACUUGAGAGACAGAAUACGGCCAAGCAAGCCCCCGAUGUGGUGCUGGAUACAUUAGAGCCCAUGAAGAACCCUGUUCUUGGGUCAGCAAAUUCUGAGCCAGUCAGCCCUCUGCACACCAUUAUGAUACGGGACCCUGAUGCAGCCAUGAGGAGAAGUAAUUCGUCAAACACUGAGAUGAUGACCACCUUUAAACCUGCCCUGUCUGCUCGUCUUGCAGGAGCUCAACUAAGACCACCACCUGUAAGACCAGCCAGACCCAUGGUCCAGCACAGAUCUAGUAGUAGCAGCAGCUCUGGUGUAGGAAGCCCAGCACUUACUCCAACUGAGAAAGUGUUCCCUAGUAACCCUUCAGAAAAGUCAGGGACCAUGUAACUGCUUCAGACUCCACACUUUGCCCAGUUCUCAGUUUAUCAUGGUGCAAGUAUAGUGUAUGCACAGCAGCUGAAAGCUGACUUAGGAUCCAACCUUUUACUAGGAGAGCCUCCAGUGUUUACACUAAAGAGCCUGUGCCAUAAAUGUUAAUGUCCCCUUAAUCUUGUCUUAACUAGAGAUCUCUUCCCGAUAUGUCACAUCAGAUCUCCUAAAAAAUGUCACAACUGAUUUCUUUUUCUAGGAAACAUCUCACACUUGAUCUGCCUGUAAACCUGUAGAUAGACAUCUCAAACUGGAUCUACCCAUAGACAGAUCUACCCAUAGACAACUGGAUCUUCUUAAACUGAGCUCUUACAGCAAAUCAUAGAAAACAUAUCAGAGUUGCUGCACAUUAGCAAAGCAUACUACAAUUAGGUGAUAUAUUGGGAUAUUGCAAGCUGGACUCUUCUAUGGUGAGAAAGUAUGCUCCAGCUUAAUGGUUUUCUCUGAAACGUUAUCUGAUCGUUAGACUUCCUAUUUAUCACACAUUACCACAUUGCCAGAAAGAUCUCCCUGCUGAUUGACAUCUCAAACUAGAUCUUAAAGUAAAAAUGUUUCACUGGAUAUGUUCACAGUCUGACAUCUUUACUGGCUCUCCCUGGUGACAAGCCUAGUACACUGGAUAUCCUUGUAUCUAAAAUGUUCUCAUCUCAAUAAGCAAACUUACCUGUUCUCAUCAAAGGCAAAUAUUCCAUUCCACAUGCAAACAUCUUAAAAUGGAGUAUAACGUUGAGAAAUUCCCUUAAAAGGUUCUUGACGUAGGCAAAGUUCUCACGCCAGUCAUUGGCAUGUACAAAGAUCUAGCAUGCAUCCCUCCGCCGUAUUGUAUUUAUAUGGGAAAUCUUCUCAUACCACGUUUCCUUCAAAGGCAAACUGCUUACACCAGAAUUAUUUUUUUGGCAUUAUGGCUUCACAAUUCUUUCACACAUUUCUUGAGAUCUCCAUCCUGUCCAUCCGUUGCAUAUGUGAUCUCACAACUUGCUACUCUAUGCAGACUUCUCAUGUGGGAUCACUGUGCUGUGGAACAUGUGAUCUCGGAGACAUCACGUCUGCUCUUCAUUUGGCCUUAAAGUGCACUGAGACUCUGAACCAAUUAAUCUAGAUCUAGUGCAAUGUUUCAGGUUUUGACUUUUAUUUUUUAUUUUCCGUCAAUGAACCUAAACCUGGGUCUCCCUAUAUGGAACAUUCGGAGGUGAUGACCGUCACUGAUACCCAUGCAAUCUUUCUAGACAGCUCUGCAGUAUCAAGAAUGCCAGUGAAUGGAGCAGGGCUAGAGGUCUUUUUUGAAAAGAAGUAUAGUUCGUUCUUCUGUGCUAGUCGUGUGCAGCUGCUGAACCAGGGGUGAUAGUGAAGUGACUUCCCUAGACCUUGCAUCAAGAAAAAUAUUUACGUUUCUAACGUAUUUGCCCAUAAAUACAACAUUGAGCAGAGUAUCAAUAUCAAGGGAGGGCUGAGGGAUGCUUUCUGUUUCUCAUUCCAACGGGAAUAUGUAAUUUUGUACAGCAUUAUUCAUGUUAACCCUGUGUAGACCAGAAGCCUGUGUGUGU